CCCAACCAUUUUCCUCGGCUAGACGCCUAGACGCUCGGCUCUGUUCCUCUUAAAAAAAAAAAACGCUCGGCUCUGUCACUCCAGCUCCCAACGUCACCCGCAACUCGCAGUCGCAGGCAGCUUUGCCGGCCGGCGAUGGCGAUCGCGCAAGUCCUAGCCCUUUCCUCCUCCACCUCCUCCUUCGUGAGGACCGAUCGCCCCAAAGUCCGUCGCGCCGCGCCGUCCCGCGUUGCGGCGGCAGCGGCGGGGGCGACGGUUGGGGAGCCCGCGCGGCGGCUCGUGGCGGCGUUCGACCCGGCGAUACCGCUGGCCUCUGCGGUGACGCCGCCGAGCGAGUGGUACACCGAUCCGGAAUUCCUCCGGCUCGAACUCGACCGCGUCUUCCUCCGCGGGUGGCAGGCUGUUGGUCACAUAGGACAAGUCAAGAACCCAAAUGAUUUCUUCUCAGGAAGACUCGGAAAUGUAGAAUUUGUCAUAUGCCGGGAUGCACAUGGGAAACUUCACGCUUUUCACAACGUGUGUCGCCAUCAUGCCUCACUCCUUGCAUGUGGAAGCGGUCAAAAGACCUGUUUCCAAUGCCCUUAUCAUGGAUGGACAUAUGGAUUGGAUGGUGCCCUCCUCAAAGCUACACGAAUAUCAGGAAUCAAGAACUUCAACAAGAAUGAUUUUGGUCUAUUACCAAUCAAGGUAGCUACAUGGGGACCUUUUGUGCUUGCCAGAUUUGAUAAUUUCGCUCAAGAUACUGUCGAUGAUGUAGUUGGAGAUGAAUGGCUAGGCAGUGCUUCAGAUCUGUUGAGUAGAAAUGGCAUUGACACUUCACUACCUCACAUUUGCAGGCGAGAAUAUAUUAUCGAAUGUAACUGGAAGAUUUUUGCCAUGCAGGUCUUUUGUGACAACUAUCUAGAUGGUGGAUAUCAUGUUCCAUAUGCACAUGGAGCCCUCGCAUCUGGCCUGCAGCUUCAAUCCUACGAAACACUUACAUAUGAAAGAGUUAGUGUUCAAAGAUGUGAAAGCGCCCCAGCAGAACAAGAAGACAUUGAUCGCCUAGGGACAAAAGCUAUCUAUGCCUUUGUUUAUCCAAACUUUAUGAUCAACAGGUAUGGUCCAUGGAUGGACACUAAUCUAGCUGUUCCAUUGGAUGCAACCAGGUGUAAAGUGGUUUUUGAUUAUUUUCUCGACGAGUCUCUUCUGGAUGACCAGGAUUUUAUUGACCAAAGCUUAAAAGACAGCGAACAAGUACAGAUAGAAGACAUCGCUCUCUGCGAGGGAGUCCAGAAGGGCUUGGAGUCGCCAGCCUACGGCGUGGGUAGGUACGCGCCGUCCGUGGAGAUGGCCAUGCACCACUUCCACCGCCUCCUGCAUACUAACCUCUGUGGCUAGUGAAUUCUUAUGUGCAUCAUUUCCAUUAUAUACUUGUAAAUAAAUUCUUAUGUACAUUGUUGGAAAUUUACAACUGCCAGCAGCCAUCGUCUCCAUCAGACGCCUGUUUAUCGACAGGCGCCUAUGAUAGCCAAAUGGACGUCUCUCCAUCUUGUAUGAACAGUGAACAGUGGUAUUAUUGUACAUCAUGAAUAAAAGGAGGCCUCCUCCUGAUGCUUUUGCUGAAGUUGAACUGCUUGAUCAA